GGCGGGGCAGCUUGGCCGUGGUUGCCCGGUGAGCGCGUCUGGCACGGCGCUGGGGCUUGGGGUCUGAUGGCUGCGGCGUCACGCUUUGCGAUCCCGGUUGCCAGGGGCUAGGCUGGGAACGGGAUCCGCGUCGCCACGCUCGCACCUUCCAGGCUGCUUUCUGAGGAUUGGAGCCGGGCCCCAUCUGGCGCUCCUCUGCGCCUCCGCCCGGACCCUCUCGCCCGACAGCCGCCCCCGACCCAGAGGGUCCAGGCCCCAUUGUCCCUGUCCCCACCGCGGUCCCAGGCCUCUUGAGUGUCGGCCGUCUCCCCACGUCCCUUCCCAGGCAGGCACCCCAACGCCUCUAGCAGCCGCUCUUCCCCUGUCUGGUCCGCGGAGGUGGUUUGGUUACCAUGGUGAAGCUGGCGGCCAAAUGCAUCUUGGCAGGAGACCCGGCAGUGGGCAAGACGGCCCUGGCGCAGACCUUCCGCAGCGAUGGAGCCCAUUUCCAGAAGAACUACACCCUGACGACAGGGGUGGAUUUGGUGGUGAAGACGGUGCCGGUCCCCGACACGGGGGACAGCGUGUGGGAGAGUCCCAAUGUCUUGUGUCUCGUCUAUGACGUGACCAACGAGCAGUCCUUCGCCAACUGCAGCAAGUGGCUGGAGAAGGCCCGGUCCCAGGCCCCAGGCACCUCCCUCCCAGGUGUGCUGGUGGGCAACAAGACAGACCUGGCCAGCAGACGGGUGGUGGAUUCGGCGCAGGCCCGGGCGUGGGCCCUGGGCCAAGGCCUGGAAUGUUUUGAAACCUCCGUGAAGGAGAUGGAGAACUACGAAGCUCCCUUCCACUGCCUGGCCAAGCAGUUCCACCACUUGUACCACGAGAAGGUGGAGGUGUUCCGGGCGCUGCUGUGAGAGCCGGGGUGGGCUGUGCCUCACCAGGCGCCGUGCUGCCCGGGGAGCCUCCUCGGGGAUGAGAUCCAAAAUCUCAUGACGGCUUCAAAUAAAAUAAGAUGUAGAAGCAA